AUGUUUCUCAGUAGUGACACCAAUCCAGAUGAAGACGGGGAGGCGGCAGAGUCUCUCAGAUGUUCACUGCCAGAAUUGUAUGCUUUUGUUGAGGAUUUUAAUAAGGACAGCAAGAAAUCAAAUCUCCUAGAAACUCACAGUAUUUCACCUAGUGAAGCUCAGAAAAUGCUUAGUCAAAAUGUGAAUGCCAUGUCACUCACCAGUGGAACUGAUGAUGUGAAGGGAGAACACCUCCAGCCUGUUUUCGUAAAAACAAUUCAUGGAUCUAAGGGAUCUGGAAUGGAGAUACUACAAGGGGCUUGCGUCAUGGAAGCACAGUACUUUAGAUUCAUUCAUAGACAUAAAUUACGUCAGUGA